CACACUCGACAGUCAUGGCACGGUUCCAAAUCAAAGACGCGGAGAUAAAUGAAAUGAGCGCUCUCCUUCAAUCAAAGGCAGUGGCAGACGCUCUGGCAUGCGUGCAGGGCAUGCUCGAACAUGGGAACGUGACUCUGAACGUCGCUGUCACCGGCGAGUCUGGUUCUGGAAAGUCGUCUUUUAUCAACGCUUUCCGUGGCAUUGCCGAUGACGACAAAGAGGCAGCAGAGACCGGCGUGACUGAAACAACCCGCGAAGCCUCCGUCUACCGCCUCUUGACAGCUCAUAACGUCCUUCUCUGGGACUUGCCUGGGAUUGGAACUCCUUCGUUUAGGCCAGAGAGCUACUUAGAGGACGUGGGUCUCCUCAAUUACGACUUCUUUAUCAUCGUAUGUGCCCAGCGUUUUCAAGAAUGCCACACUGAGCUGGCAAGAGCCAUCCUGAAAUCGGGAAAGAAGUUCUAUUUUGUACGAAACAAAGUGGACCGAGACCUGAAGGCAAAUAGCAGGCGCAAUACCCGUCAACCGGACGAAGAUGUUUUGCGACGUAUGCGUGCUGACUGCGAACGGAGCCUCGAAAAUGGUGGCGUCGAACAUCCGAAGGUUUUCUUGACUUCUUGCUUCCAGCCACGACACUUCGAUUUCCCCCUCUUGCAGAAAACGUUGCUCGACGAACUGGAGGGUCACAAGCGCCAUGCUUUGCUCCUGUCGCUGCCCGUCCUCAAUCCCUCUCUGAUAGAAAGUAAGAGGAACGCGUUGGCCGGAGAGGUUUGGAAGAAAGCGAUAGUGGCAUGCCUGGGCGCAGUCAUUAAGACCAAUAUGACUCAGGGUGUUAUUCCUUCACUGAUGGACACGUUAAAGUCUUACCAGCAAACUUUUGGUCUAGAUACAGAGUCUCUGUGUCGUUUAGCAAGCCUGACAGGCAAACCACUUCAGGACCUACAAAAUGAGGUGCUAUCGACUUCUGGCAAAGAGCUCACGGCGGAGACAGUGGAAGGCUUGUUAUCUCAGGCUGCCUCAGUACAGCACCUUCUAGCUAAUGAACUGGAAAAGAGGGUCCCAUUCCUGGGCACUAUUGCUACAAGUGGGAUCUCCUUUGUGGCCUCCUAUUACCUCCUCAGCUCUGCCCUAAAGGACCUGAGUGAGGAUGCUGAGAGGGUGAUGCGGAAAGCCUUUAGUUAG